AUUCAUCCAUCAUACAAUCCAUCUUGAAGGUCUUAAUCUGUCAUAGAACCCUCUCGAUCUUUCACAAGAAAACUAAAUGGAUCGGUCCAUGAAGGUCUUUGUGGUCGUCUUCCUGCUCCUUGUGGCCACAGGGUUCCAGGGACCGGUGCAAGUAGCUUUGGCGAGGGAUUGUACUUCACAGAGCCACGAGUUUGUGGGGAUGUGCCUGAGUGACCGCAACUGUGCAAGUGUUUGCCAGACCGAGUAUUUCACCGGAGGCAAGUGCGACCACCGACGUUGUGUCUGCACCAAGGACUGCUAGAUGGCCCCUGUAAUCUUCUUGCACACAUGGUUCCGUGUAAUAAUAAUAAUAAUAAUAAUAACUGAAUAAUAAUACUA